UCACUCCACUGGCCGUUGUCCUAAAGUCCUCGCGUGUGCGGACAGUAUGACGACGUUCUUCAUCAUUCUCGUGCUACUUCUGACCGGGUGCCCCGUCCGCGGCGUUACGGAAAACGUCCUGACUACGUCGGGCCACUCGACGCAGCUGAGGGUGGAGUCGGUCGAGAAGGCGACAAGAUGCGUUCUCGAGACUAACCGAGCCCAGGUGUUGGCAUACACGCCCGACGAUCGCAAAAUUAGAAGGGACAUCGACCGUAACGAUUAUGAUUGGAUAAGCAACAACGAAACGUGCUCGGUCACCAUCCGAUCAGCUAAUAGCACUCACGCGGGCGUGUGGCGAAUAACGACCGUGGCGCGGGACGACGAGCAUGACAGAAAGAAGACUGAUACCCGCGAUGACAAUGCCACCGCUGCGAAAGUGUUCGCAUUCAAUCUGUACGUUCAGGAGAAAGUCGACCUACCUUUCAAGGACAUUGAGGUGUACGAAGGACACUACAUAAAUAUUAAGCACGUGAACGACUAUGAGAAUCUCACGGCGUGCAAUUUAACAGGACCCUCGCAGUCGGUGGAUCUACUGGCGGAGACGCGAGAUGAUUUUCAACUUUUCGGUCAAUGCGGCGUCCGUAUGAAAGUGCACGUCAACUCGAGCGGCUUCUGGCAGCUCGUCGCGUUCGACAACGAUUUCGUACUGUACGUCGCGAGCUUCGGCGUCACCGUGCACCAGCUGGAAGAGGUGAAACAGCCGGACCCGGCCAAUAUGUUGGUCCUGCAGUGGGUUCGCGGCAACGCGGGCGUGAUCAGACUUCCGGUCAGUCCGGAAAUUUGCCAAAUAGUGGAUCCCAGUGGCGCGAUCGUGGCGAUAUCGCGCCGCCAGUGUUACCACAAUGUGAAGGUCGCCACCGUGCUGCACGAGGGUGUAUGGCUCGCCCGUUACAAUAUCUAUGGGAUGCUGGAUCCUGUCGAGCUGCGAUUCAGAGUCGUGACUGUGGAUAGUAUAACUCUCAGUGCUAGCGUCAAUUACACCGAGAACUCCGGUGUCAGAUUGCUCUGUCGACUGGAGUCGUGGAGCGCGACUUUUUUGCAAACGUGCAACUUUGUCCGGCCCGACAGCAGAACGAUCUACAUAACGCCCGUGGUCGCUAACGAAAGAUACUCCGCCUACAUUAGCCCUGCGUAUGGAUACACGAGCAAGGUUUUGGAAUGCGGAAUAACAAUCCGAGAGCUCGCGAGCGUCGAUUAUGGUGCAUGGCGAUGCGACCUUGGCGUCAGGUAUUCCACCGAUAUGCAUGGAUCUGUGCUUUACGUUGGCCAGCCCGGUUCUCGUGACGGAAACACUGACGCUAAAGGCAGAGCAGCGGUCGAAACCAGGGCGGAAGAUGUGCACGUGAAGCGUGGUGACUCGUUCACGAUAAAGUGCGCCGUCGAUUUCGCGCUCAAGUAUUGCUGGUUGCGGAGUCCGAACGGAACGGCUUACUCCGUCACGCAAGGCAAGGACGUCCAAUUUGGUCUGCAUUACGAAGGCGACGGUCUCUCGUACGGCGAGUGCGGAGCGCGCAUUUCGGCGGCCGUCAACUCCGAUGGUGGACAAUGGAAUUGUUACAUGGGCGUGGUGGACGGCGACGAGAGCAACGCAACGGUGUCGGUGACGGUGACAGAAAGCUACCUCGCGGCCGAGCAAACGGAAAUAGCCGUCAGCCCUCGGAACGAUCCAGUUCUGUCUUGCCACAUCCUUCCGCGUAUGCUGGACAGAACAGUUCAUUACUGCCGGUGGAUCCGCCCCGACGGAUAUGGAAUUUACAAUGACAUAAGCCAUCGAUAUACGACCAACAGCAGCUACUCCCAGUGCAGAUUAGUCAUCCUGAACUACAGCUCGAAAGAAGACGAGGGUCGGUGGACGUGCGUGGCCGGUCUCGCGGGAAGCAAUGGUCAGCUGGAGGAGGCGUGGGCUCACGUCAAGUUGUUGUCACGUGUCACCGAGCUGAAGACAGUCGCGUCGUUCAUGGCCAUCACGUUGGGUUCCUCGUUGCUGAUCAUAGUCGUUUUGGCCGUCUCCUUCGUGGCCCGCCGCGUGCUGGUGAAGAAGAACACGCCGAUAUUGAAGAUUCCGCAGAAAACUUGUACACCCCCGAAUACGUUUCAAUCCGUGCAGGAUCCGUGCGUCAUGCAGGAUAAGAAGCAUUACGUGUACUGAUGACGGAGGAUAAGUUCAUUAGUCGUAGGUGGCUCUUAUCGCGAAGUGUCGAUUACGCGGUAGGGGCUCAGGGCAGGGACGAUGACUAAUCUGCGGGGAACGCUCCGGUGGUUGGAGAGGGUGGAUGAUUUACGAUCGAGCGGUUUACAGGUUGCUAAUUUUUACGCACGCAACAUUGUGUUGCUCGUAUUCCUCAUAUUUCCGUAUCGUUUCCAAUAAGAUAUAUUAAGAUAUCUAUGAAUGUGUAUCGCGACAGUAUGCACGUAAUAGUUACUUAUACAUCAUGCGCGUCGAAUAUGUAAAUCAUUUUUUACGCUUUCGUCGGACACAUUGAAUCUAGGAAAUAGAAAUGAAAAUACAAAAUAGAAAUGAUGUGUUUCCGCGAAAAUGACGAUAAAGCGUGUGGAGAAAUAAAAAGAAGAGAAAAAACAUGGGAUAUAUACAUGGGGGAGGAAUAUAUAUUAUAGUUAUUUUUCAUAUAAAUUUUAUUAUGUUUCUAGUAGUACAGAAGAGAAAUAGAUUGUCAGAAAGACCAUCUGGUUAAAAAACAUGGUAAGUCUCGUUAGACAUAUAGCAAAUUUUUUAAUGGCACGUUUUAAUUCCCAAAAUCGAAAGUGAAGUUUCUUCAGUCUUAAAAUUUUAGCCUCGUUUCCGACUUGAUUUUCCUAACGCCUGCGCAUUCUGAAGGAUUAGUGAAUAUUUAAUACACAUGGGAACUAAAGUUCUACUUGGUAUCUCUAAAUGACACGAAAACGGGUAAAAUGCCAUUAUAGGUUCUAAAGAAGAGUUCUCGGCAAAGUUAGUAGGUUAAAUGGAAUCAAAAGAGCUUAAUGUAGGUGUCAGAAUGUCAAAGUAGACGUUAAAUGGAAUAUUGAAGUCCAAAGUGGGAUCACAAUUUCGGCUCGAGUCAAGUCAAUUAAUGCAGAAUGUCGAUCUAUUUCACAGCUUUAUAAUAAAUUUUACUAUAAAACUUCCUUCGCAUAGAAUAUGUGAAAUAAUUUUUUAUACUUUAGUUAAAAAUAUCGGAUCUAGGAACUAUAAAAAAAAGAAAUAACAAUAAAACGAGUGAAAAAAAUGAAGAGAAGACGAAGGACAUGGAACAGCGUCUAAAUAGCCUUCACGAGA